UGCGUGCUGAAUCAGGUGCUGGAUCAGGGAUGCUCUCAAAAUUUGGCCUCACUUCUAAUGACCUCAUUCGGUCUAGAACCUACAUCUAGAGAAAUGUCACUCCUUAGGGCGUUGUACCUCUUGGCGAUUUUUAAUGGAUAAGAUGAUAAAGAUGGAGGCUCAAAUCCCAUUGUGUUGUCGUCCGCAUUCUCGUUCUCGUUCUCGUUCUCGCUUACCUAAGGUACGUAGAGCGCGGGAUAUGAAUUCCGCCUGUGUAACCGUGGUUUGUGUGCAUCGUCCCAACUACGCACCUCAUGUAAGAAACUCAUCUCUGCAUUCUGGUCCGGCCCGUCAACUUCUAUCCGGGUUCCUGCCGGAUUCAAUCUUGAUCCCACCGGGCGAAACCCAUCUCGUACUAGGAACAAUCGAAAGAUCAUCUCGGCCAUAUACGCAAAUCUCGUCCGUCGGCGUGUUAUACAUCCGCAGUGCGAGGCCCCGGAGCCCGGCCGGUGGACGAACGGGUGCAAAAAGCAUCGUGGGCCUCGAGGGAGGCAAAAGAUUGCGUCGAGGGGGAAUCGAACCCCCGGCUCCCCGACGCUGCUUGAUGGCAACGGAGAAUUUUACCACUAAACCAUCGACGCUGACGAUGAUUGGAUUCGGCUGUGAGGCCGAAGAUCCGCUGGUGCUCAAGUUGGACUACUGGAGGUGUGGUUGGCCACGAUGUGGUGAAGCUGGCGAGUGUGGAUCGUAGUGGGGAGGACAGCUGGCCUCCUUGCAAUAGCUGAACGACAUUCUCUCUCCUGCGAGAUUCGCGACUGAAAAAUACCUCCAGAGGCUACUACUUCGUUGCUAGGCGUCUUUGCA